CUUCCUAUAUGACCAAUUCUCCAACAAUGAUCGUAAUGAUCGGCCUGCCCGCAAGAGGAAAGACCUACAUGUCAAAGAAACUCACACGUUACCUCAACUGGAUUGGAGUCCCAACUAAAGUGUUUAACUUAGGCGUGUACCGCAGAGAGGCUGUCAGAGCUUAUAAGUCCUAUGAUUUCUUCCGCCACGACAAUGAAGAGGCCAUGAAAAUAAGGAAGCAGUGUGCUCUGGUAGCUCUGCAGGAUGUGAAGGCGUACCUGGCGAAGGAGGGAGGUCAGAUCGCAGUGUUUGAUGCAACAAACACAACGAGAGAACGGCGAGACCUCAUUCUAGCUUUUGUGAAGGAGAAUGCAUUCAAGGUGUUCUUUGUGGAGUCGGUGUGUGACGAUCCAGAGGUCAUUGCUGCUAAUAUUCUGGAGGUGAAAGUGUCCAGUCCAGACUACCCUGAGAGACACAGAGAGAGAGUAAUGGAUGACUUCCUCAAACGGAUCGAGUGCUACAAGGUCACGUACCAGCCGUUAGACCCUGAUGAUUACGAUAAGGACCUAUCUUUUAUCAAGGUGAUGAACGUGGGCCGGCGUUUUCUGGUGAACCGGGUGCAGGACUACAUCCAGAGUAAGAUCGUCUACUACCUCAUGAACAUCCACGUGCACUGUCACUCCAUCUACCUGUGUCGGCACGGAGAGAGCAACCACAACGUUCAAGGCCGCAUCGGCGGAGACUCGGAACUCUCUCCUCGAGGGAAACAGUUCUCCCAUGCCCUGCGGGAUUUCAUUGAGGAGCACAAGCUGUCAGAUUUGAAGGUCUGGACGAGCCAACUGAGAAGAACCAUCCAGACAGCGGAGGAGCUCGGCGUUCCUUAUGAACAGUGGAAGAUACUCAACGAGAUUGAUGCCGGUGUGUGUGAGGAGAUGACUUACGAGUUGAUCCAGAAGACAUUCCCAGAGGAGUUUGCUUUGAGGGACCAGGACAAGUACCACUAUCGCUACCCAGGAGGAGAGUCCUACCAAGACCUUGUUCAACGUUUGGAGCCAGUUAUCAUGGAGUUAGAGAGGCAGGGCAACGUGUUGGUCAUCUGCCACCAGGCUGUGAUGCGCUGUUUGCUCGCUUACUUCCUGGACAAGAGUGCAGACGAUCUACCGUACAUGAAAUGUCCGCUCCACACAGUGCUCAAGCUAACCCCGGUUGCAUACGGUUGUAAAGUGGAAAUGUUUUAUCUUAAUGUGGAGGCAGUAAACACACAUCGAGACCGGCCUCUUGGUAAAAGCCCGAGGGACUCUGCUCUCAUACAUCGGCGGAAUAGUUACACUCCCUUGUCCAGUCACGACCAGGUCAAGCGUCCCAGGCUCUACAGCGCAGGCAACCAGCCCUGGCUACCGCUCGCCCCCACCCCAUCAGCUCUGAUGCCAGAGGGACGGCAAAGCCAAGAGUCCCUGUGCGAAGGAAUCGACUUUGACAGCCCCGAAGAAACUAGUGGCUGUGUCCGCUUCUGAGUGAAGACGAAGGCGUCUUUCUUCAUGGUACAAUGUGGACAAAAGGUUCUGGGUUCAGUCAUGUAACACAAGAUAGAAAGAAAUGUUUUUUGGAUUCAGAUUUUACUUUUAAAAACACUUUCUGGAUGGAACAACAUUCACAUGAGGUCGAAGAACAGUUUCUUUCUAUCUCAAUUCUGUUUAACUUUACUCUGCAUGUUGAGGCUUUUAAUUGGAAGCCUUUUCAUUAGGAUCAUAAACACUUUCUGCAUGUGCGCCCAAAUCAAUCAGUAAACAAUAAGAAGAUCAGAACUGGCAACUAAUCCUCUUUGUAAAUACUACCAUGCCUUACUAUGUACUGAUAGAAUUAGCUCCUGUGUAUGCGACUGAAUGUAAUGAAAACAACUUAUGCAGCAUUAUGUUGAAAAGCAGUUUUUAACUAAUGCAAAUAAAUAAAUAGAUAUAAAAUAGAUGCUGUAAAAAAUAUUUUUAUAGUACGAAUCCACUCAUCUACCAUACAAACGAGCUGUAGUUGUGAUUCUUAUGUGUUAUGUUAUUGAUUUAGAUUCCAGAGAACGUGUGACUGAAGGAAAUUAAAAUACUGUACUUAGUUUUCUGUAUGUUUUAUGUGUUGUUAGAAAAAUACACCACAUUGCUGGACACACUGUAUACCAGCAGUAGAUAAAGAAACAUAGCCAACUUUUCUGCUACGAGCUGCCAUUCACAUAGCAACUGUAUUAAUCUGGUGUUAUCUGUCACAACGAACACGAAAUCCUAAAUAUUCAUCUGUUAAUCCAUUCUUCUUGGAAGGGAUUUUGUACAACCAUCACAUGUUGAUGGUAUGGAAGCUAUUUUCUGACAUUUGUGUUUGUGAUAUCAUCGACUACUGGUCCAACAUUUGUUUUUGCUUCAUGCUAAUGUAUCUUUCCUUCUUGAAUUCCUAUCAAAUAAGCCAUUUUUGACUCACAGAUUUUAUUUAAUAACAGACAGUGGUACAGGUUUAUUUCUAUGACUGUAAUGUGUGACUGUUGAUAGCUUAUUGCCCUGCUCAAAGCAGCCUACUUGUGCCUUCUUAGCAGACAAUAAAAAGUGAAUUUUGAGGUGAAUAUUCCAUAGAAAUGUAGGAGAUACACGUGGAUCUCUGCAGCACAUGGCUUCUUCCAAAUGGAGUGAUCCAAGUCUGUUACAAGUUAUUUUAUUACUUGUGAUCAUUUAAUUGUUCCUUGUUUCAUGCAAAAUUGUCUGAAAAUUAUUAAAGAACUGAAU